AUGUUAAACAAUCUCCCCUUUUGGACCUAAACGCGGUCACGUAGAAUCAGUCACAGCCCAAUUAUUGUUUCUCCUAUUUUAAUUUGAAAGCUCAACGAUUUAAACUCUGCCGUCAUUCACCAGAAGCUGUCACUUUAACACUCGUAGUUUCUGUUUCUUUUCUCUCUUCUCUUCCCUAAGAGGCCACUCUCAUAUCAUUUUUUUUCAUUUUUUCUCCAAAGAUUCAAAAUAUUUUUCAUCUUUAUAUGUUUAUCAAACUUUCAGAAUUGAGAAACUUGUUGUUUAGAUGGGAAUUACUCAACGGAUAGAGAAGUUGCCUCAUUCCUACAAGAUGCACUCUUCCAUGUGCUUAGAGUUAAAGAACUUAGUUGAUAGGGUCAUGAGAAUCUUUCCUGAUAUAGAAGAUGCUAGACCAGGAUCCUCCACAGGGAUACAGACUCUAUGUUUGAUCAACAAAGCUUUGGAGAAAGCUAAGUUGCUUCUUCAAUACUGCAGUGAAUCCAGUAAACUCUACAUGGCAGUAACAGGAGAAGCUAUACUCUCAAGAGGUUGUAGAGCCAAAAAGUUAUUAGAGCAAAGCUUAAGUGACAUCAGAAGCAUGGUACCAACUGUUUUGGCUACUAAGAUCACUCAAGUAGUCCAAGACCUUAGGUCAACUGAGUUGGCUCUAGAAUCAUCUGAAGAAGAAGCUGGGAAAGCUGUUAGAGAACUGAUGAAAAGGAGCACAACCUCAUCUGUUUCUUCUGAUGAGGUUAGAGAUUUCCAUUAUGCAGCACUGAAGCUCCAUCUCUCAACACCUGAAGCCAUUGUGAUUGAGAGAAGAUCCCUGAAGUCUCUUUUUGCAAAACUAGGCGAGUGUGAAGUGAACAAGAGAAAGAUUCUGAAGUACCUUCUCUGUCUUUUAAAGAAGCAUGAGAAGAUCAUCUGGAGAGAUCACAAGGAGAACUCCUUCACACAGCUUCAGUCUGUGAAUGAUUCUGUGUGUGCUAGUGAUGCAGAAGCAGGGUGUUCUGAGGAGGAACACAAUGCUACACUUCCUGAGCAUUUUAAAUGCCCUCUUUCUCUUACCGUCAUGUAUGAUCCUGUCAUGAUCUCCUCAGGCCACACCUUUGAGAGGAUGUGGAUUCAGAAAUGGUUUGAUGAAGGUAAUGAGUCUUGUCCUAAAUCAAGAAGGAAACUAGAUGACUUCACAAUGAAGCCUAACGUGGCCAUGAAGGAACAGAUAUCAAAGUGGUGCUCCAAGAACGGUCUUGAUGUUCAAGAUCCAACAACAAAGCACGCAAAGUCUUCACACAAUCUUGACUUCUCCAUUGCUAGUUUUGGAAGCUCUCUGUACAAUCUUGACUUCUCGAGUAGGGACUUCAGCUCAAGCUUUUCAACUGAUCCACCUUCCUACUCUAAGGGUGGUUACUUCAUGCCAAUGAAGACGAUAGCUUCUGAGUCAGGAACUGAAGUCACAGACUCAAGUCAAAGCGAGGUGGAGAUAGAGCCUUUAAGUGAACUCAUUAAGCUUCCAUGGGAGGCUCAGGUGAAGACCAUUCAAGAUGUAAAAAAACGUUUUGAGAACAACUCUAGGGCUUUUCAGUCUAUGUUACCGAGUAAGUUUCUUGAGCCACUUGUCACGUUCUUGAAGAAUGCUGCUGGAACCAAUGCAAACACGAUAAAGAGUGGGUUGGCUUUGUUGUUGACUUUCCUCAGUGGUAACAGAAAGGCUAUAGAGGCUUUGGAAGAAGACGUGUUUGAAACGUUAUCUGUUUUUCUAGGGUUUGAGUUAUUAGUAGCUGAAGAAGCUUUGAAUGUACUUGAGUUUCUCUCUAACCAGCCACAUAGUCUCUCCAAGAUAACUCUUUCUUCCCUUAUGAAGAUGGCUGAGUCUGGACCAGAACAUCUCCAAGAACAAGCUGUGAUCACACUCAAGAACCUGUCCACAAGCAAUGAGAUUUGUCUAGAAAUGGUAACUCUAGGUUUCGUCAAGAACCUCACAUUAUUCUUGCAACAAAGCGUCUUCAGCAAGCAAUCAAUCAUCAUUAUGAGGAACUUAUGCAACACCGAGAAAGGGCGGGUUUGUAUAACCGAGACACCGAGUUGUUUAGCUUCAAUAGCUGAGUUGCUGGACUCAAAUGUGCCAGAGGAGCAAGAGACAGCAAUCUCCAUCCUCUUACAGCUGUGUGUGGAGAAGAUAGAGUAUUGUAACCUUGUGGUGAGGGAAGGAGUUGAUAUUUAUCCAUCUCUCUUCUUGAUAUCCAACAAUGGAACAGAGGAAGCUAAGGUGGGUGCAUCAGAGUUGCUUAGAGCUCUUGAAGAAGUAGAUUUCAACAGAGAAGAAGAAGAAGAAAAAGAAUCUUCCACAACUACUUCACAGGUUGUUACUCCAGUUAUGCAUCAGGAUCCUAUAAUAACAACACCAUCUCCAAAGAAGUCUGGUCUAUUUGGACUCAGUAUCUCCAUUCUAAAGAAGAAGAAAAGAUAGAUAGAAGCAUAAUUAGCUUAGUUAGGCUGUUUUUAACCUAGUCUUUGGACAGUUACAAUUUUUUUGUGUGGUUUUCUGUCUUUGUUGAUUUAGGGCUUGUAUGUGUUGAUACCAACCCAAAGAGCCUCCGUUAAUGCAAGUUUAGUUGUAAUUUGAUAGGGAACGCAUUGUGAGGAAAUAUAGUAUGCAAUUUGUAAAUCCUUAAGUCACAAAAAUGGUCAAUUAUUUUAAGUAAA